AUGACUUCAUUCAUGUCAAGACGGGCAUCAGCGCGUCGCGCCAGCGACGAAUGCUUUCAUUUCAAUAUACGAUGUCAUCGUGGGUAUUGCUCGGCUGAAGCUACUAGCAGUCGAAUCUAUUGGGUGCCACAAACAUCAAUCUUUGUGAGGCUCUCAGAAGAUACUAUCUCGACCAUACUAUGA